AUGGCGCUGGCCGGAAUCAUCGGCCCUGGUCUGCUAGUCGGUGCUGGUGGUGCUCUUGCAAACGGAGGACCUGCUUCUCUCCUUAUCGGCUUCGGUGUCAUCGGUAUAAUCGCUUUCAGUCUGAUGCAGUCGCUCGGCGAGAUGACAACCUUGUAUCCUUCUGGUGGUGCCUUUACUGGUCUGGCUGAUCGUUUCGUCGAUAAAGCUUUUGGUGUGGCUGUCGGAUGGAAUUAUUUCAUCAUCUGGGUAGCCGUCCUUGCCAAUGAAUACAAUGUCAUCUGCAGUGUGCUCACGUACUGGACUGAUAGGGUGCCCUUGUGGGGUUGGUUCCUGAUAUUCUGGUUUGUCUUUCUCGGCUUCCAGAUGCUUGGCGUGACGGCUUUUGGAGAAGCAGAAUUUUGGCUGGCUAUUCUGAAACUAGCGGAACUGACUGCAUGCUUUAUCUUUGCGAUUAUACACGCUGCUGGUGGAAUGAUCAGGCAAGAUGAACCUCUAGGUUUUCGGUAUUGGCAUGAUCCGGGGCCGUCGUCAACCACACUCCCUGGCUUUCGUGGUAUAGCGACAGUCUUUGUUUUCUGCUCGACAUUCUAUGCUGGUGUUGAGUCUAUCGCUGUGGCAGCAACGGAGACGAAGAACCCCGCGAGAGCUGUAUCGCUCGCAACGCGCCAAGUACUAUGGCGCAUCAUCUUCGUUUACAUGGGCACCCACGGUAUUCCAGUCUACGCCAUAAUCUUCACUAACCUCUUCGGCGCCCUAUCCAUGAUGAACAUCUCGACGAGUGCAGGCAAAGCCUACAGCUACAUAGUCAAUCUGUCCGAUGUCUCGACACUCCUCGUCUGGGGCGCCAUUUCCUUCACACACAUUCGCUUUCGCUCUGCAUGGGCAUAUCAAAGGCGGUCUGUUCACGAACUUCCGUUCAAGUCGCUGUGGUAUUCAUGGAAUGCCUAUUUCGGUCUCUUUGCCAACGUCUUCCUCGCUUUCGUGCAGGGUUGGACGACGUUGAGCCCUUUUAAUGCAGGCAACUUUGUGGAUGCGUAUGUCCUUCUGCCGUUAUUCCCCAUUGUCUACUUUGGCUACAAGUGGUGGAAUGGUACGAAAUAUUGGCGGCUAGAAGAGAUCGAUCUAAACCACGGUCGGAGACGGGAUCUCGAUGCUGCGAAGAAGAGUGUGGACGAUGACCUAGCCUACGGAAGGUUGAAGAAGAAGCAAACUAUCUGGCGAAAGCUUGCGCGGAACUUCUAG